AUGUCAGAGGCAGAGGCCGUGCGUGUGAUCGGCCUAUGGGCGAGCCCGUUCGUGAUCCGCGUCCUCAUCGCGCUGAAGCUGAAGGGCGUCAAGUACGAGCUCGUGGAGGAGGUGGUGGGCAAGAAGAGCGAGCUGCUGCUCAGGUCGAACCUGGUGCACAAGAAGAUCCCCGUCCUGCUCCACCACGGCAAGCCCAUCUCCGGAGUCUCUCAUCAUCGUCCAGUACAUCGACGAGGUCUGGUCCUCCGACGCGCCGGCCUUCCUCCACGCCGACCCUUACACCCGUGCGGUCCAGCGGUUCUGGGCACAAGUGAGACUAAUCAUGCUCUUCCUGGCUGGUUGACACUCACGCAGCUCCUUCGGCGAUCCGCAUACUCAAGGGAACGGAUGACGGGGGCAAAAAGACCAAGCGGCGGAGCAGCUGUCCGCCGCCCUGCAGCUCUUGGAGGAGGCUUUCGUGAAGCUCAGCCAGGGAAGCACUACUUCGGCGGCGACAGCGUCGGGUACCUGGACAUCGCUCUGGUGUCGUAUGUCGGCUGGGUGAAGGCGGUGGAGAAGAUCGCCGGGUCACUCUCCUGGACAAGGCGAAGGUUCCGAACCUGGUGGCGUGGGCCGAUCGGCUCUGCACCCACCCGGCCGUGGUGGACGCGAUCCCUGACGCGGACAAGUUCGUUGAGUUCAGCGUCACCUAUGGGUCGUUCUCAAAGCCUAUCAUCAAUGGUCCCAAGUGAGCAAACGGGUCUGCUUCGUGAUUUUCAGUGCGCGUGUGCUGGUGGUGUCACUGUCAAUAAGCUGUAG